CUGACAGAAUCGCGGCGUUCUCCGUACCCGCCCAUCCUGCGCGGACGCCCGCUGCCAUGGCGACUCUGCUGCGCCCUGUCUUCCGUCGGCUCUGCGGGCUCCCGGGCCUACAGCGGCCUGCGGCAGAAAUGCCCCUCCGGGCUAGGAGCGACGGCGCCGGCCCGCUAUACUCGCACCACAUCCCCACCUCCCCGCUGCAGAAAGCGCUGUUGGCCGCCGGCUCCGCGGCGAUGGCGCUCUAUAACCCCUACCGCCACGGGAGCGUCCCCGGAUUUCGACGUCCACCCUCGACCUGGGCAAGCUCCAGAGCCUGCCGGAAGGCUCCCUGGGUCGCGAGUAUCUCCGUUUCCUGGAUGUGAACCACAUCUCGCUUGGACACCUUUCUUGGCCACAUGUGGCAAGCGGCUGCCAUACUGGACAGUGCAGGUCUAGGAGACAUUAAUACAUCCACUAAACAUCAAGGUACAGUUAUUUUGAGUGCCACUAAGAGGUGAAUGAUGCUUCCAGAGACCAUAACAUGAACCCACUUGGUCUGUAGGUUAGGGGUGGCCUCUCUGUGGUGGGGGGAAGGGAUGGGGGACAGGGGACACUUAACCCAGGUCAUGAAGGAUAAGUAGGAGUUACCACAGUGAAGAUGGGGGUAGUGGGAGAGAGCACCCCAAGCUGGGAGCAGGUUGUGCUAGGAUCAGGGUCUUUGGGGCUUCAUUAUUUAUUUUUAGAGACAAUGUCUUGCUUGAGUGCAGUGGUAUAGUCAUAGCUCCCUAUAACCUCAAACUCCUGGGCUCAAGCAUCCUCCUGUCCCAGCUUCCUGAGUAGCUGGGACUAUAGGCACACACCACCACACCUGACUAAUUUUUGUAUUUUGUUUGUUCUGGGUUUUUUUUUUCUUUGAGACAGAGUCUCUGUCACCCAGGCAGGAGUGCAGUGGUGCAAUCUCGGCUCACUGCAACCUCCGCCUCCUGGGUUCAAGUGAUUCUCCUGUCUCAGCCUCCCGAGUAGCUGGGACUACAGGUGUGCACCACCACACCCGGCUAAUUUUUGUAUUUUUUAGUAGAGACAGGGUUUCACCGUAUUGGUCAGGCUGGUGUUGAACUCCUGAUCUCAGGUGAUCCGCCCACCUUAGCCUCCCAAAGUGCUGGGAUUUACAGGCAUGAUCCUCGGCCCCCGGCCAGUCGCCAGAGUUUUCUAGUAGGUAUGAGUUAGGUGAGAGUUGUGACGGUAUCAGAGACAGACUGGCAAAUCGGGCCCUGGGAACCAUCAGGAAGGGUUCUAGGGGAGGCUCAUGGUUGUCAGAGGGUCUCCCCAGACACCCGAGCACCCACCCGCUUCGUGGAUGAUGAGGAGCUAGCAUAUGUGAUUCAGCGGUACCGGGAGGUGCACGACAUGCUUCACACCCUGCUGGGGAUGCCCACCAACAUCCUGGGUGAGUGCCC